AUGGCCAACAGCCUUUCGGCUUCAAGGCUGGACGAUGCAACCCCAUCAGCAGCAACAGCACAACAGCCACCGCCGCUGCCAUCCAAAACGUCCGAGCUGUCUCGUGAUGUGGCCCUUCAGAUCGACGACAUCUUGUCUACUAGCAAGCAGCUGCCGUCCAACAGUGUCGGUGCACCACCUUCCUUCAGCUUAGCCGAUCGAUCUUCUCUCGAGUCGCAGCUAGACUCACUCCUCGCUUCCUCCAGAACACAGGAAGAGCCGCUCAACCUUGCCUCUGUCGACCGCGUACAGGCUGUGCUUCGGUUUCAGAUCCGCACUUGCCGCGAGCAGAUCGCGCAACUCACCACCGAGCUCGAAACCGAGAUCGACACGAACCGAAUGACGCAGGUGCAACAGGCCAUCGCAGCACUGCUCGAACAGCUCCUCUUGAUCAGAGAAAAGGCACGCGAGUCCGAGAACGUCGUCAAAGAGAUCACGCGUGAUAUUCGAAGCCUCGACAUCGCCAAACGCAAUGUCGUCUCGAGCAUGACUGCGCUCAAACGCCUUCAGAUGCUCGUCAACGGCGUCGACCAGCUCCAGCGUCUCGCCGAGACCAAACGAUACCGAGAGGCCGCUUCGGCGCUCCAGGCGGUGAGAUCGCUGCUCGACUUUUUCCAGUCGUAUCGUGGCGUAGAGCGCAUCGCUUCCGCAUGGAAGCAGGUCAACGAACUGCAAAACACCCUGCGCGCAACCAUCAUGAAGGACUACGAAAACUUUUUCCUGCACGACCCCAACCGCGCCGUCCGCUCCACCAACUUGCCCGAGUCUGCUCUUGUCAUCGAUGCUAUUGGUGCAGAAGCAAAGGCGGCCCUUAUCGACUGGUACUGCUCGCUCCAGUUGCGUGAGUAUCGCCGCAUCUUUAGGGCCACCGAUGAGGCGGGUCAGCUCGACAACGUCUCGAGACGGUUUGCGUGGUUCCGGCGCAUCCUCAAGAUCCACGAAGACGAGCAUGCGCCUGCCUUUCCCGAUCAUUGGAAGGCCGAGCGUUGGCUCAUCCGUCGCUUUGCCGACGUUACCAAGGAAGAUCUUCGCAGUGUGCUCAUUCGCGAGCAGUCUCGGCUCAACGUGUCGACGCUCAUGGAGGCUCUCAAUUCGACGCUCGAGUUUGAAGCUGCUAUCAGUCGUCGCUACAACACGCCGUUCGAGGCGCUCAUUUCGCCGCCCAUCACCGCCACCAACGUUACUCCGCAGCAGGGACAAAACCAACACCAGCAGCAAUCCCAAGCACCGUCUCCGCAAACACAGACGCUAUCAGCCAUCUUUGAUCCGCAUCUCGGCGUCUUUGUGGAGGCACAGGAUCGUGCGCUUUCGGAGAUGUUCGUUCAGUACCGGCGGCAGGGCGCCCGCGUCUCGCACGACGGCGAACACCAGGGCAGUGGAGGCCCCGGGGCUGACACUGGUUUCGAUCCUUCCGCCGCCAUCGACGGUGCUUCCGGUGGUUCCAACGGCGGCACCACCGUUUUGCCCUCGUCGACCGAACUGUUCUACUUUUACCGCCAGACGCUUGAGCAGUGUGCGAGGUUGUCGAAUCGAGAGGCCUUACGCGAUCUGUACGAGGUGUACCGCAAGUGGCUGCGUGUGUACGCCGAAGAUGUGUUGCGUUCGGCGUUGUUGCGGCCCGAGCCGGCUCGUCGGUCUAUCGACGUGCGUCCCAACAUUGGCGAGGUCCAGAAGUGGUGUCUGGUGCUCAACACGGCCGACUACUGCGCGAGCACUUCGAGUCAGCUUGAAGAGAAACUGCGCGAAAAGAUUCAUCCUGAUUUCAAGGACGCCGUCAGCCUGGACGAGGAACGCGGCAUUUUCACGACGCUCGUUUCGUACGCGGUCCAGACACUGGCAAGGGAGCUCGAGCUGUGUUCGGAGCCCAUUUGGAACUCGAUGCUGCGUCCCGCGGUGCCGUGGAGCCAGUUGCAACCACGAUCCAACGGUGUUGGCAGCAGCAAAUCGCAAUAUGUGAUGGACAUGGCCAGCCUUCUCGAGCAGAUUGGCGUCGUGGUGCGGCAAGACGUCGAAAACAAGCGCUACGUUCGCAGCUGGUGCGACAAGGUCGUCAGCGUUCUGACGGCCAGGUUCAUGCAAGGACUGGUGCGUUUACGCCCCUUAACGCAGGCCAUGGCGGAACAGCUGUUGGUGGAUGCGGCCGAGUUGAAAAAGAGUCUCAUCGAGUUGCCGCGCUACCCGGUCGACGAUUUGGGAGUGGGCGUGGAUGGCAGCACCAACGCUACCGAAGCGAGCCUGUCGCACUGGACGCCAGCACCGUCGGCGGAACAAACGGCGCUAUCGACGCAGGCCGCUUCCUACCUUCGUUAUGUCCAUCGACUCACCGAGCGCAUUGACACGCUGCUGCGCGUCGUGCUUGCUCCCCUGGAAGUGAACCGGCCAGCGUCAAACGGCUACGACGAGGGUGGUCACGAAUUGGACCUGAUUCAGGCGUACAUCAAGCUUGUCGGCGAUCGAUCGUUUUCCAACUUCCAAAAGGUUCUCGAUCUCAAAGGCGUACGCAAAGUCGACCAGAACGGCCUGCUGGAUCGCUUCCUCCAAGUCACGUCUUCCUCUGACGAUGCCGCUUCCUCUGAGACGGUCGUCGGUCGCACGUCGUCAUCCAGCGAAUUGACCGACCAGAGCUUCCUCACGCAGCUCGACAUGGACCCGCCUGCGCACCCGAUCCUCUCGUCGCCGUUCACCGCCGCGACGCCGUCGUUCCUGGACAGCGCCACGCGCAGAGACAGCUCCACGACGAGCCAGUACAGAUCCACGUCCCUGUUUGGACCGGAUAGCUUGAGGAGUCCGACUAGCGCACCGGCAGCGACGUUCGAGGGUGCGCCGAACGGAGGACAGGGUGGAGCGGGCCGCGCGUUUAGCGAUUUGCGGAAGUUUGGCAAUUUCUUUGGGGCUGCGUUGGGGAGGAAGGACGGCAGCAGGUGA